UAUUAUAAAUACAAUGUGUAGAUAGAUAGAUAGAUAGAUAGAUAGAUAGAUAGAUAGAUACUAGGGCCUAAUCCCAGCUAGCUGGCUCCAUGCAGUAGGUCACAGGUGGCAUUAUGACAUCAUUAUGACAUCACAGACAGUAGGUGGUAAUAAAUUGCUGCUCCUGGGAGGUGCGGCUUUGAUAGGUGAAGAAGGAGUUGUCGUCUAAGGACGAAGUGAAGAGCAAUGAAGUUUAUACUUUAUGCGAUUUUUCUCCUGGUGAGCUUGCUCACCAUGGGGACCCAGGGCCGGCCUAUAUAUCCAUCUAAAGGCUCGAGGAGCUUUAAUUGGCAUCAAGUUACACUGGACUGGAAAACCGUGGGUACCAUCACUGGUUUCAUCGGCUUGGUGAUACUUGCCGGAAUGUGCCUUUGCUGUACUGCAUACUUCCAAGCACUAAAGGAGUGUCUAAGUAACGCCUUCCAUCGGCUGAUUUACGGAGUAGUGCAAGAUGACAUCGAGUCACUACUGCAGCAACAUCUACCCCAGCGAGCACACAGAUACCUGGAAUUGGACGAAGAUGAUGAUGAAGAUGAAGAACCCCGUGGAAAAGAUCGCUACCAUGUGAAACACGAGAUGGGACAUCAUCAGAGAGACCACCGCCAGAAACACCAUGUGGCAGCGCGUCAUAACAUUGUACGCAACGGGAGAAAGGACCCCAGGCAGCUGAAUAAAGAACAAAAACCAUCAAUAAAGAAGAUCUUAAAGAAGCCAAUCCAGAAACUGAAUGUGAAAAAAUUUGUGCCGAAAGCGCCCAAGAUCGUCCAGAAAUUGAAGGUGCCCAAAUUCAUCAAAAAAAUGAGGCGCUAAAAGUCACCAUUCAGGAAGGACGGCAUUAACAACCCUGUCCUGUGGUGAUUUUCUGGAUGCUCGGCUGUUUCUGGCUUCAGAGGCUUGAUGGUGCCUAUUACAUUCGCCUGGCCGGUCCUGCCUUGGAGGCUGUGGCACUGACCAUCGUGCGCAGACUGCAAACAUCUUGGAGGCCUCCUGCUGGUCUCUCUGUCAUUCCUGGUUCUGCCGCUGACACCGCACUCUAGUGCUGAGCUACGUGGAGCUGGUCUCUGCUGUGGCUUCUUAUCCAUUCUGAGUGCUGGUGGUUAACAUCAAAAUUUU